AUGUUUAGACAGACCAAAAGAAGGACAGCAGGAAGGAGGAACUUCGAGGAAGUUUCUUCAUUUGCUGAGUCUUCGAAAGCUGUUUACCCGUCUAGGUUAUCCUUCUAUGACUUACCUCCUCUUGAGGAGAUCACCUUGGAGGAGUUUGAGAGUUGGGCUAUCGACAGAUUGAAGAUCUUGAUUGAAAUCGAGUCAUGCUUAGCGAGAUCCAAGCCGCUUAAAGAUAUUGAGACGGUCGUGAAGCCGCUUUUACUCAAGUUUUUGCCUUUGAACCCGUCUCCUUCUUCUGGCUCAGAUGCCCAGAUCAUUGCAGAAAGAAAGAAGGACUACUACUCCCACUACACGUUGCGUCUCGUCUUCUGCCGUACAGAAGAGCUUAGAAAAAAGUUCUUGAAGAACGAAACCACGUUAUUUAAGAUACGUUACAACAUGCUUCAGCCAAAGGAGCAAUUGGAGUUCGCCAAAUUGUAUAGCGACAAAUUGAUGUGGGAAUACAUUUCGAACGAGGAGAAGAUUGAAAUCAUGGAUUCAUUAGUCGCUGCUUCGGGGCCCGUUAUCCGUACCAUCUUGAGCAUUGAGAAUUCUGGCGACGCCAACUUCUCCUUGACCUCCGAGCAGCUUAGACAACAUAUUCGUCAUAAGGAGAGCUUCAUAAAGUUGCCUUUUGAAAAGGUUCCCAACUUAGUGUCACUGAGGCAAGUGUUCCUUCGCCGUGGAUACGCGUAUAUCCCUUCUACUUUGCAGGUGAACUUGCUUUCUGUGGUUUUCUCCGAGCUGUUGAGUCAGGCCCUCCUCCGGACUUUCCAAGCAAUUCCUAGACUUGAAGAAGACGACCGCUUGUUGCCUCUUCUCAAUAACUUGUCUCGUAACUUUGCUAGCAUUCAGUACGAUAGUUUUGGAGACCCAGAAAAAGCAUCUGACAUCACCGCCUCAUCAGUGACAACUCCACAAAUUUCCAAGCACUUCCCACUUUGUGCUUCCCAUCUCCAGAAGUCAUUGGUUACAAAUUCCCACUUGAAGUACAACGGAAGACAACAGCUUGGUUUGUUCCUUAAGGGCAUUGGCCUCAAUGUGGACGAAGCGAUGAAGUUCUGGUCCUUCCAAUUCACCAAGUCUUCCAAAAUGAACAUGGACACUUUCAACAAGGAAUAUAAGUAUAAUGUCAGACACACAUAUGGUUUGGAAGGUGGCCGAAUCAACUACAAGCCCUGGGACUGUGCUACCAUUCUACUGAAGCCCAAGCCUCAGAAGGGUGAGUACCAUGGCUGUCCUUACAGGGACUUGCCUCUUGAACUGUUGGUGGACACAUUGGGUCAGAUGGGUAUUCAAGAUCAGCAUGAUAUUAAUGGCAUUGUCGAAGACGUCAACAAGAACGACUACACUGUUGCUUGUACUCGUGUCUUCGAGAUCACACACAAGCAGCAAUUACAAGGGAAGAACGAGAACCUUCACAUCAACCACCCCAACUUGUACUUUGACAGGUCGAGACAAUUGGAGAGAAACGAUGCGAAGGCAGUGGGCGUGGCUAAGUAA